AUGAAGGCUGCAUCUGUUUCUCUGCUCCUUGGUGUGUGUGUGCUGCUGCUGUCUGCACUGACUGUUUCUGCAGUCUCUCUGUCUGUUAGUCCAAACCUUCAGCAGUUCUUCAGAGGAUCUUCUCCAGUGUCUCUAAGUUGUGUUGAUGAUGGACAGACAGUUGAUGGAUGGACAGUGAAGAGGACCAGAGGAGGACUCACUGAGGUCUGUGGAGAAGCUGCAAGCUUUGGGAGGAUUGAUGGUUCCUCCUGCAUUCUGGAUCUCUUUGUACACUCUGGUGGGAGUUACUCCUGCAUAAACUCUUCUGGACAGCAGAGCGAUAAAGUCUCCAUCAGUGUUUCAGAUGACUCUCCGAUCCUAGAGAUCCCUGCACUUCCUGUGAGGACAGGAAGUGACAUCACCCUGCAUUGCAGACAAAAGAAUGGUGAUACAGUUGCAGCUUAUUUCUUUUUUAAUGAAAGACGUGUUGCAUCUGGACGUAAAUCAGAGCACACCAUCACUAGCAUCCAGAAGUCUGAUGAAGGUCUCUACUCAUGUUCCACUGAUACAUUGGGAUCAUCUCCUCAGAGCUUUCUGAGGGUCAGAGCUCUUCCUCCUCAUGUACAGAGCACCACAGCCUGCACCUCUCCUGGUAUCUCUGCUCCUCCCUCCUCUCCCACAGCCCUCCCUCCUCCUCUUUUCUCCUCCUCCAUCAUUCCAGUUGUAGCAGGUCUGGUUUCUGUGGUUCUUCUGGUUCUGGUUGGAGUUCUGCUCUUCUACAGGAAACUAAAAGUUUCCCAGCAUGCCUCAGUGGUGGAGGUGUAUGAAGGGGAGGAGUCUGUCCUGCUGCUCUGUCAGGUUCCAGUGUUCUCUGAUUCAGCAGUGGUGUGGGACCACAGUGACUCGAAGCCCUCAACAGUCCACGUGCGUCUGCAGAGCGGCGAUGAUCUUAGAAACCAAAGCCAGCGUUACACCAACCGAACAUCAAUGAGAGCUGACGCUCUGCAGACUGGAGACCUCAGCCUCACUCUGAGGAACCCUACAGGCUCUGACAGUGGAACCUACACCUGCACCGUCCACAGCCACGGACAGGAUAUGAGCCGCAAAGAUAUCCUGCUGAAGGUCAAAGGUCAGUGCUGCGGGUUCAUCCGUCAUGCCACCAUAGUACUGACUCAGUCAGAGAAAUCUUCAUUCUGUCCAACACAGUAUGUCAGAAACACCAGGAUGUUCAGCUGCAUCCAGUCAGAACAGCUGCAGAACACACUGAAAGAGAUCAGGAACACAGAACUCUUCUGCCAUCUGGUGGUCUUCUGUCCGUACUGCAUCUCUACUGGUCUGCUGCUGUCCAUCUGCUGGAGCAGGAAGACCCCAAUCAGAUCAGCCAUCUUCACGGAGAUGACCCAGCAAGGUGGAGGAGGUCAGGGAUUGGGUGAAGACUAUGACAUCACUGCAGAUGUCACCACUGAGCAUGCCUUCUGA